GGAACAGAGCUCCCAGGCCUGACGCGCUGUGUCCUGGAGGCCGCGAGGAUUCCAUUCGCCCUACCCGGCCCGGCUUGACCCUGUCCGGACGCGCCAUGUUCGCGCGUGGGUCCCGGAGGCGCCGCUCCGGGCGUUUGCCUCCAGAGGCUGAGGACCCAGACCGGGGCCAGCCCUGCAACUCCUGUAGAGAGCAGUGCCCCGGUUUCCUGCUGCAUGGCUGGAGAAAGAUCUGCCAGCACUGCAAAUGCCCACGGGAGGAGCACGCAGUGCAUGCAGUACCUGUGGACCUGGAACGCAUCAUGUGUCGACUAAUCUCAGACUUCCAGCGCCACUCCAUCUCGGAUGAUGACUCAGGCUGUGCAUCAGAGGAGUAUGCCUGGGUGCCCCCGGGCCUAAAACCUGAGCAGGUAUACCAGUUUUUCAGCUGCCUCCCAGAAGAUAAGGUCCCCUAUGUCAACAGUCCUGGGGAGAGAUACAGGAUCAAGCAGUUGCUGCAUCAGCUGCCCCCACACGAUAGUGAGGCACAGUACUGCACAGCACUGGAAGAGGAGGAGAAGAAAGAACUGAGAGCCUUCAGUCAGCAGCGGAAGCGAGAGAAUCUGGGGCGUGGAACUGUACGCAUCUUCCCAGUGACCAUCACUGGGGCCAUCUGUGAAGAGUGUGGGAAGCAGAUUGGAGGUGGGGACAUUGCGGUGUUUGCCAGCCGUGCAGGCCUGGGUGCCUGCUGGCACCCACAGUGCUUUGUGUGCACCACAUGCCGGGAGCUGCUUGUUGACCUCAUCUACUUCUAUCAUGCUGGCAAGGUCUACUGUGGGCGUCACCAUGCUGAACGCCUGCGCCCACGCUGCCAAGCCUGUGACGAGAUCAUUUUUUCCCCUGAGUGCACAGAAGCUGAGGGCCGGCACUGGCAUAUGGGUCACUUCUGCUGCUUCGAGUGUGAAGCUUCACUAGGAGGGCAGCGCUAUGUCAUGCGGCAAAGCCGCCCCCACUGCUGUGCCUGCUAUGAGGCCCGACAUGCGGAGUACUGUGAUGGCUGUGGGGAGCACAUCGGCCUGGACCAGGGCCAGAUGGCUUAUGAGGGUCAGCAUUGGCACGCUUCAGACCGCUGCUUCUGCUGCAGUCGCUGUGGCAGAGCCCUAUUGGGCCGCCCCUUCCUGCCCCGACGUGGCCUAAUCUUCUGCUCCCGAGCCUGUAGCCUUGGGUCUGAGCCCACCGCUCCAGGGCCCGGCCGCCGCAGCUGGAGCGGAGGCGGAGGCACAGUCGCCGCCCGGCUGGCAACUUCCACGUCCUCUUUCCCUGCUGCGGAGGUGAAUUCUGAGACGGCCACCAAAGGCACCUGCACGGAGGCGGCGCCUGCUACAGGCGCCGAGGAGCCCUCCCCCUUUACGAGAGGGGCCCCCCAUCGCCACUCCAUGCCCGAGCUGGGGCUCCGCAACGCUCCGGAGCAACCCCUGGAGUCUCCAGAGCAACCAGACCUGCGUCCUGACGAUAGUGCCUUUGGCCGCCAAAGCACCCCUCGUGUUAGUUUCCGUGAGCCUCUGGUCUCAGAGGGAGGUCCGCGGAGGACCCUGAGUGCACCUCCGGCCCAGCGCCGCAGGCCACGUAGUCCCCCACCUAGGGCCCCCAGCCGUCGCCGCCGCCGCCACCACCAUCACAACCACCACCACCACCACCGCCACACGGGCCGACGUGGCUACCAUCGCUGUGACUUGGGAUCAGGGUCCGACUCAGGAUCUUGCUCCAGCUCACCCUCCAGCCCCAGUUCUGAAUCCUCUGAGGAUGAUGGAUUCUUCCUAGGGGAACGUAUUCCACUGCCCCCUCACCUGCGCAGGCCCACAACCUCUCCCAACAGUGCAGCUGAGACUUUAGGCUCUGUGACCCCACAGCUCCAUGGGGAUUCUCGCACAGGGAUGCCUCGCCAGGCCCGAGACAAGAACUGCAUCGUGGCUUAAAGACCUAGGCAGCUCUGGAGGGGGCUCUAUUCUCUGAUAAGCGUAGAUGAUUCCGCCCACCCUGAACUAAGUCAAAUACCCUUUCUUCCUCCCUCUUUCUUCUGUUUGUAUUAUUGAAAUAAUUUAAUGUUUGUCGUAAAACA